AUAAACAAAGAUGUCUGCCUCCACUACUCCGUCCGGAUAAAGCGACGGCCCAGAGUACUACUGUUGUAGAUACGCGAACGCGGUAGUUCGAUUCAAUCUUAUCUGAUGUGAUUUCCCGAAAUCUGCAGCAGUCUUUUGAAGUUCCCGACGGACCUCAGAAUGAAUUGUAUCCAGAGGAGCGUGUGCUUCUCAAAAUCCGGUUUCCACGCUCUGAAGCUAUCCCGAAAUCUCUCCAGUUCUACGUAUGAUGUAGUUAUCGUCGGCGGAGGAGCUGUGGGUUGUGCCACGGCGCGACAGCUGAAGCAGAAUCAUCCGAAACUGGACAUCUGUCUCCUCGAGAAAGAAUACGAUGCUGCUUUCCAUCAGAGCGGGAAUAAUAGCGGUGUGAUCCACGCGGGUAUAUACUACAAACCCGGGACUUUGAAAGCUCAAUUAUGCGUAAGGGGUCACAAACUCAUGUUGGAUUACUGCCGAGAGAAAAACAUCGCUCAUCGAGUCUGCGGAAAGCUGAUCAUCGCCACCGACUCUCAACAGCUCGGAGCUCUGGACGACAUCUUCGCUCGAGGUCAGGCUAAUGGCGCAGAAGGUCUGCAACUACUCGAUCAAAAAGGGAUUCGCGAAAUCGAACCAAAAGCCAGAGGACUCAAGGCGAUAUGGAGUCCGAACACCGGGAUCGUGAGCUACAGGGAGGUCACGAAGCACUACGUCAGAGACUUCACGGAGAUCGGCGGCAAGGUCUUCUACGGAUUCCGCGUAGCUGCCGUCGAGAAGCAUCGCGACGACCUCCUCGUCAAGAGCGAUUCAUUCGAAGAGAUCCGCUGCCGUCGACUGAUUUCGUGCGCCGGCCUCUAUUCUGAUCGGAUUUCGGAGCUCACAGGAGGUUCUCCGCUCCCGAAGAUCGUUCCAUUCCGUGGGGAAUACCUGUUGCUGAAGCCGCACAGGAGCGAUUUGGUUUCGACGAACAUUUAUCCCGUACCAGAUCCAAACCUCCCGUUUUUAGGGGUUCAUUUUACGCCGAGAAUAGACGGUAGAGUGAUUCUAGGACCUAAUGCCGUGCUCGCCUUCGCACGAGAAGGAUACAAAUGUACAGAAAUCAAUGUUGUAGAACUGGUCGAAUCAAUCAAUUACGCCGGACUCCAGAAGAUGGUAGCUAAGUAUUUCAUGGCGGGUGUACAGGAGCUGUACAAAGGCUUUGUGUUAUCGGCUCAGAUCGACGAGUUGAAGAAGUUUAUCCCCGAACUCGAACUGAACGAUGUCGAACGUGGUCCGGCGGGGGUGCGAGCGCAAGCCCUCGAUAUCGACGGUGAAUUUGUGGACGACUUUGUGUUCGAUACGGGCAAAGGAGACUUCAAGGGAAAAGCUUUGCACGUCCGGAACGCCCCGUCUCCCGCGGCUACCUCGAGUCUUGCGAUCGCUGAAGUUAUCGCCGAUAAAGCCAAACAUCUGUUCUCGUUAUAGGUAGGAAAUUAGAGGCAUCUUGUAGCUCUGAUGAAAUUAAAAGUUAUA